AUGACGGCUGACGAUCCUGGAGCCCACGCUAUCGCCGACUUUCUGCGGAGGCACCAGGAAUUGCUCCCUAACACCAAUAUCGACCCGCACCAGCGAAAUUUCCUCAUCGAACGAUACCAGCAAUACCAGCGCACACAUCCUCUGCGUGGUUCAACAGUGAACUACGACGACCCUCGCUUUCUUCUUCGCGAAAUGACUCUGGCCAGCGGGCGCGAUCGGUUACGAGACAUCCAGCCGAUCAUAAACCACAUGCUGCAGAAUCAAGAGCCUUUGCAGUUGGCAGGAGCCAGAGCUGCCUAUCUCGAGGCGGUAAGACAGCGCUUUGGGCACACCGAGGCAGAUAUGACACCCACCGUCGAUGAGCUCAUUCAGCUGGCUUCGGCCGACGAGGUCUUAUCGCGAAUGACGAAUUGGGUCCACGACAACUUCGGACAUGAGCCUUUGGAGGUCCGCGAACGACUCAGAGCAAGGAUGCAUCAGCCAAUUCAUAGUCCUCUCAGAUUUAUCCAGGAUCUUUCUUUGCUCCAGGAAGUUGAGAAAGCCCUCGACGGCUAUGUUGCCCGUGCAGGGAACGCUGGAAGACAUCUCGACAAGAGACAUAUACGAGAGUCUGCAAUCGAGACGCCUGAUUCGCGGAAGCAAGCAUCGACGGCGAGAAGCAAGAUCGAUGUCCUCGUACAGUCCCAAUCGACACCCAGUGAGCAGCUGGCCUCGCGCCGAGUCGCUCUCUUCGCUCGGGCAGGCGACCCGAGCAGUAGUCAGCGCGCCAUCGCUCCCGAUCACCCGUUCACAGAAGCAAUUUAUGGUCUGUCACUGGAGCUGCACGAGACUGGAGCUUUGCCAAUCGCCACAUACUGGUCGGUCGAACGGCAACUAUUUCCGCCCUCUCUCCGCUCUCGUGAAACACUUCAAGAACUGCAGAGCAUCUACGAGCCCUACCAACUUGCUCAUCCAGUCCGGGCUAGAGCAGUUGACAUCAGAGACGAUAGGACCUUUGCCAGCCAGCUGAUGGAAGCUGUGGGAAGGGAUCGAUUCCGGGAUAUCGAUAAGGUUCUCAAGCACCUGAUUGAUAAGAAAGACGAGCUUGGCCUAGAUGAUGUUAGAAUUGAAUAUCUGCAGGCUCUGAAAGCUCGCUUCCAAUACGCAAGUCGAGUCUUGACGCCGACUACGGACGAGAUCCUGGAUCGUGGUACCGAGCACAUUCAAGCGCUGCGUGACCCACGCGUGGCAACGGACGAUAUCAAGGCGGUACUGGCGAGGGUCUCGGCAUACGUUCGAGUACGUUCAAGAAUCAGCGGAGCUAACGCUGUUCGACUCGCGGUGGAUUUGGGCCUCCUGGGCCAUCUCGAAGAAAGCCUGGAUCAGGUCGUUCAAGGAGCCAAUCUUCGAAUGACGACGGGCCGGCGCUUGAUUCGACGCGAUGUCACGCAAAGGCUGCCAAAGGAGUCUCUCGAGCGCAGGCGAGCUGUUCCGUCCCAAGUCAGUAACUUACAGCAAAGCUCGACUGGCUUGCCGCAAGCACUACCGGACACGACUGUAAUCAUUCGCUUCCUGAGCCGUGAUCGGCCGCUCUUGCCUCAGCCUGGCUUCACUCCCCAUCAUUCACAGCAGCUCGUCGACCUCCUUCGCGACCAUCGUGAAGAAUUCCCCAUCCAAGGUCGCGACAUGAAUCUCCAAGACGGGCGCUGGUUGAUGAAGCUGAUGUUGAAUGACGUGGGUCGCGAUCGAUUUCGCAAGAUGGGGCCCAUCCUCUCUCGCAUCCUUGCUGAUCGAGAAGCCCUGCAGCUCGACCGAAGCCGAGCCAUCUUUCUCGAAGCUGCCGUCACGAGGGUGAGAGCUACGCAGCGUCUGUUGAGUCCGACCCUCGAUGAUCUCGAGCGGGCAAAGCGGUCAGCGCUGAUCGGAGCCCCUUCCGAGGACGACUCUCGAGCGAUGUUGCAAAGCAUUUCUAAAGCAACCGCAGAACGUUCUCACCGCACGAUGACCCAAGGCGCUCGAUUCUUGCAAGACCUCAAGCUGGUCAAAUAUCUCGAAACGGAGUUAGCAAACAUUCGAGAGCCAAUUGAGCAGACCAGACAGGUAGGAAGCCAUCUCGUCAAGCGGGAUGGAUCGCAGGUUUUGUCCGGAAGACAAGCACCGUCGACCGAGGCGGACAUGACAGCGAUUCUUUCACCGAUCGGCAUGAACUUACACGAUGAGCACGCGCGGACCAUUGCAGCCUGGCGUUUGCACGAGAACAGCUUGCUUGCGGGCCGCAUCCUCCCCGAUGAUCUAAGGACGACGUUGCGGGACCACUGGGCUGCCUACCGGUCCAAAUUUCAAAAUAGACUCAGCUUCUCCGAGGCGCUGCUCUGGCCCGUCCGUCUCUAUCAUCUCCUCUAUACCGACGAAGGAGCACGUUUCAACCAAGCUAACGAUGUCAUUAGGUACGUCAGGCAGCGAGAUGAUGUGAGUAGUGGAUCCGAAUCGACUCAUAGGCUGACCGUAUCCCCUCGUUCCACCUGA